AUGGCGCAGACCGGAGACGCAGAGAUACCGAAGACGUGCAAAGCCGGUGUAGUCGUGAACGAGGGUCCAGACUUCAAGCUUGCAGUCGAAGACGUACCAGUCCCCGAGCCAGGCCCCAAUGACGUCCUGAUCAAGCUCAACGCAACCGGCAUCUGCUACUCCGACAUCCACUACAUGCUCAACGACCUGCCCAUCCCCAAGAUGUCCGUCUUCGGCGUGCGCAGCCCCGGCCACGAAGGCGCCGGCGUGGUCGUGAAAGUAGGCUCCAACGUGACGAACUGGAAGGUGGGCGACCGCGCGGGUAUUAAGCCUGCGUAUGACGCUUGUUUUGACUGCGAGCUCUGCUGGUCGGGCAAGGAGACGUACUGCCCCCAGAGUCCCCAGAUAGGGCUUCAAUUCCCCGGGAGUUACCAGCAGUACGUGCUGUCUCCGGCGCGGUACACGCAGAGGAUCCCUGAGGGCGUUGAUGAUUUCGUCGCGGGCCCGAUUAUGUGCUCCGGCAGCACUAUCUACAGCUCGAUCAAGGAAUCUGGGUUGAAGCCAGGGGAUUGGGCAGUGUUUCCAGGUGCUGGUGGCGGCGUGGGCCACAUGGGCGUGCAGCUGGCGAGAGCGAUGGGUAUGCGCGUUGUUGGCGUCGACGGCGGAGACGAUAAGAAGGAGCUGUGUAUGAAGCUCGGCUGCGAGGCUUUCGUUGACUUCACGAAGGUGACGGAUGUCGCGGCGGAGGUGGUCAAGAUCUGCGAUGGAAAGGGAGCGCAUGGCAUCUUUAUCACGGCUACGAGUGCGUCGGCAUAUAAGACUGCGCCUAUGAUGGCCAGAAUUGGCGGGAAGGUUAUGUGUAUCGGACUACCUCCGCCAGGGGACGGCUUCGGGGAAGCAAAUCCGCUGCUGUUCAUAGGCAAGAAUCUGCACAUGAUCGGGACGAAAGUCGGGUCGCUGCUGGAUACGCAGAAGGCGCUCGAGUUCGCGGCGAGGGGUCUCCUUAAACCCAUCUAUGAAGUGUUUCCGCUAGCGAAGAUGCCGGAUGCGGUCGCGAAGCUGCAAGCUGGAAAGGUCGCGGGGAGACUGGUCGUUGACUUCAACUCAUAG